AUGGAUACUUCGUACCUCGACGGGUUCACAUUGUUCACGAGAAUGACAAGGCAGCAGGUCUAUUCGGCAGGAAAUGCCAAUGGCACAAGAAACAUGGGAUAUGGCCCAACGGUCAAGGUUCCUGCCCGCCCCCCACAGUCCAAUGCCCAGUCGAAUAAAUUCGCCAUUAUGGGCAUUUACUCCGACGACGACAUCGACAUCAACCUGGGCGAUACAGGAUGCCUUGAAUACAAACCCUGCGAUCCGUACAAUGACCACCCCUUCCCCUCUCUCUGUCUGCACACCCUCACCCCAGCUCGCAAGGAUAUCCGCAGCCAGUGA